AUGAGCAUUCCUAAUCAGCCUCAAAAUUUUGCUUUUCCUAAGCGUUCAUUCGGGGAGAAAAAGCCAGAACAGCGUUCAUUCCAAUCUAGUUGGUUUGAUUCGUACACAUGGCUCAACUACGAUGAGAGCCGGGACCUUGCGUUCUGCCAUCUCUGCAUGGUGGCCAAGAAGACGGGCAAGAUCGGCAACACGAAGGUGGACGGCAGCUUCAUCACUGAAGGCUUCUCUAACUGGAAACAGGCUCCCACGCUGUCAGCGGGGCACGCCAAGGAGAAGGUCGACAACCGGACGCAGCUGCUAAAAAUCCUACGCAGCAUACGGUUCCUCGCACGCCAGGGCAUCGCGCUACGUGGGCAUGACGGCGAUGAGGGAAACCUUAUGCAGCUUCUACAACACCACGGGGAGACGGACAGCUCUCUCCUCGCGUGCCUGGAACGGUAG